AUGGGUAAUGACAGUAGUGAUUGCCAAGAGAGUGAUGAGGCUGGGAGUUCUAAAGAACAUGUUAUCUUGCAUGGUGAACUGGAUUUGUGGAUUAUAGAAGCUAAAUCUCUUCCAAAUAUGGAUUUAACUUCAGAAAGAAUGAGACGGUGUUUUACCAUGUUUGGAACUUGCUCUGCUCCCUUUGGGAAUAGACCUGCUAAAACAGCUUCAGGCAGACAUUCAACGAUUACAAGUGAUCCUUAUGUGUCUGUUUGCCUAGCAGGGGCUACUGUAGCUCAAACCAGAGUAAUUUCAAACUGUGAGAAUCCUUCGUGGGAAGAACAUUUUUGUGUUCCUGUUGCUCACCCUGUUGCGAAGGUGGAGUUUCAUGUGAAAGAUAAUGAUGUUCUCGGGGCUGAACUUAUUGGCGUAGUGGAGAUAUCUAUUGAUAAAAUCAUUUCAGGAAAGCCAAUGAAUGAUUGGUUUCCAGUCAUUGGCAAUCACGGGAACUGUUUAAAACCUUUUCCUGAAUUGCAUGUUUCUCUUCAGUUUAAGCCAGUUGGAGGUAACCCUUUAUAUAAAAAUGGUGUUGGUGCUGGGCCGGAAUAUAACGGAGUUCCUAAUACAUAUUUUCCUCUUCGCAAAGGAGGGAGUGUCACUUUAUAUCAAGAUGCUCAUGUACCUAACGAUAUGCUACCAGACAUUGUACUAGAUGGUGGAAAAAAAUUUCAGCAAAGAAAGUGCUGGGAAGAAAUAUGCCAUGCCAUUUUGGAAGCUCAGCACCUUAUAUAUAUUAUAGGCUGGUCUGUGUACCACCGUGUUAAGCUUGUAAGGGAGCCAACAAAGCCACUACCUUCUGGAGGAGAGUUGACGCUUGGGGAGUUGUUGAAAUACAAGUCACAAGAAGGGAUUCGCGUUGUUAUGUUGAUUUGGGAUGAUAAAACUUCACAUGACAAAUUUCUUUUAAAAACAGAAGGUGUCAUGCAGACCCAUGAUGAGGAAACCAAAAAGUUUUUCAGACAUUCCAGUGUCCAUUGUGUGCUUUCUCCUCGUUAUGCAAGCAAUAAGCUCAGUAUUUUCAAGCAACAGGUUGUGGGAACCCUUUUUACACACCAUCAGAAGUGUGUGCUUCUUGACACAGCUUCUGGGAAUAAUCGGAAACUAACUGCUUUCAUUGGUGGUCUGGAUUUGUGUGACGGAAGAUAUGACACUCCCGAGCACAGGCUCUUUAAGGAUCUUAACACGGUGUUUGAAAAUGAUAUUCAUAAUCCUACAUUUCCUCCUAACACUUAUGGCCCAAGGGAACCAUGGCAUGAUUUACACUGUAAAAUUGAGGGUCCUGCUGCAUAUGAUAUAUUGACAAAUUUUGAACAAAGAUGGAGGAAAGCCAAAAAGCGCGACUUCAAGAUAAAAAAGGUCACUAAUAGGCAUGAUGACGCCUUGAUAAGGCUAGACCGGGUUUCAUGGAUAGUCUCUCCAUCAUCUGGUCGUGAUGGGGAUCAAAACGUACGUGUUAGCAGUGAAGAAGACCGUGAGAACUGGCAUGUUCAGGUAUUCAGGUCCAUUGAUUCAGGAUCGGUGAAGGGAUUUCCAAAGGGUGUUCAGGAUGCUGAAGCUCAGAAUCUUAUUUGUGGAAAGAAUUUGAAAAUAGAUAAGAGCAUCCAUGUUGCAUAUAUUAAAGCAAUAAGAUCAGCGCAGCGCUUUAUAUACAUAGAGAACCAGUAUUUUGUUGGAUCUUCGUACUGCUGGCCAUCCUACAAAAAUGCUGGCGCAGAUAACUUAGUCCCAAUGGAACUGGCCCUAAAAAUUGCCAGCAAAAUCAAAGCAAAUGAGCGUUUCUCUGUGUAUAUAGUAAUACCUAUGUGGCCAGAGGGCGUGCCAACAGCCUCGGCUGUUCAGGAAAUUUUAUACUGGCAGGCACAGACAAUGGGUAUGAUGUACCAGGUCAUUUCAAAGGCCCUUGAAGAUGCAGGCCUUUUUGAUCAGUAUCAUCCACAGGAUUUUUUGAACUUUUACUGCCUUGGUCAGCGUGAAGCCCCAUCUUCAAGUUCAUCCCAAACUAAUCAGCCAACCGAUAAUCGUGGACUGGCAUUAGCCCAAAAGUUUCGCCGGUUUAUGAUUUAUGUUCAUGCCAAAGGGAUGAUUGUUGAUGAUGAAUAUGUAAUCAUGGGAUCUGCAAACAUUAACCAAAGAUCAAUGGAUGGUUCAAGGGACACAGAAAUUGCUAUGGGUGCUUACCAACCACACCAUACAUGGGCAGCUGAAAAGAAUCUUCAUCCACAUGGCCAGGUAUAUGGCUACCGAAUGUCUCUCUGGGCUGAGCACCUUGGUGGACUUGAGGAGACUUAUCAAGAUCCUGAGAGCCUUGAAUGUGUUAAGCGUGUCAGCGAGAUUGCCAAACAGAACUGGAAAGCAUUUGUGUCUGAGGAGCAUAAGGAGAUGAAGGGACACUUGAUGCAGUACCCAGUUCAGAUUGGCAGAGACGGACAAGUCAGUUCAUUGCCGGGAUACGAAUCGUUUCCUGAUGUUGGUGGUAAAAUUCUUGGAGCACCCACCAACCUUCCCGAUGCUCUAACAACAUAA